AUGGGUACCCACAAUCCAAUGGCUACCCACAAUCCAAUGGGGUAAAUGGGAAUACAGAUCUACACACUCAUAGUCACUCCCAUGCGUUACCUCCCAUUGGUUCCAGUCCUACUCCAAUACACGAGAGAAUACCUGAUAAUACUCAACAGAAUGGAAACAAUGGGACUGACAGCAGACCCUCCAGCUCACCAAGACAUAGCACUGGGCCACAGAGACCCACUAGCUCAAAAUCAACAAGUCCCAGAAGUGCAAAGUCUCGCCAAGGUAGUGGAAAAUCACCAAGGGGACUUGAGAAUAAUAACAAUGUGGAAGGCUACAUUCAGACUGGUAGACAGUCUGUUACCAUGCCAACGGUUCAUGAAAAAUCUCAGAAUGGAGGAGGGUUUGGUUCACCCGAACAUUCAGUUUAUUCGGACACUGGAGAAGAUGACGGCUCUGUGCGAGAAUAUGAUGCCUUGACCGCAGCCUGCUUAGAGGUUGUCUUCCCACCAUUUUACCACCCAACAGUUGGUCUGUCCCGACCCUCUACCCCCAUUGAGGAAGAUAAACCAAGGUACUGGCAGUUAGUGGACAAAUCCAUAGACACGCUACAGAUAGCACCACUACAAUCUGACUGGAUCACAGGCAUGUACAGAUUCGUGAAGAAAUCAUUGCGAACAGAAUUUAAAAGUGCUACUAAGGACUUUCUAGAGGAAAUGGAAGAUGACUACAGAGGUGCAGUGAAAAAGGCAAUGGUGGAUUACGUUCUACUAGACCCAGAAGAACAAGAACGAUUAGGUGUCCCUCUACCACCCAAGCCAUCCCAUAGUGCAGGACGAGAGAGUUUCCCAUGGCACGAUCGUAUAAUGAAGUCUAGAGAUUUCAUGACAACAGAGCUCUAUAUAACGCACUCCAUUAUGCCUGCUCUUCUGUAUCAUUUUGAGGCCAAGUAUGGUACAUUCCGUCUGAUAGAUAUACCAGGAUUAAAAAAGAUCAUGCCAAUUACAAUGGAGUCCUUUCUGGAACAUGUCUCGAAUUCUAGUCAUCAUGGUGCAAAAAUAUUGAAAGAAGAGUGGCUCGUAGAAUGUUGUGACAUCAUUGAUGAAUGGCGAGAUAAUUUAGAGGAAUGGAUGCCAAAUGGAGAUCAACAAUGUCGAAUACAGAAAAUGGACCACUUUUUCGGGAGUGUUGCAUCCCUGAUGUCGAAUCUCCUCCGAAGCUGUGUAGAAAAGUCCAUACAUGACCUUGUUGACCUUGUGGAGGACUACUGCAAUGGAAAUAAAUACGAGGGUGUAUACAACAUAUUCUCAGGGCUAGCUCUGCCCAUGAAGUACCACCCAGUGACCUUCUUCUUGAAUGAGGACUACCUGAAUGAAAGAACUACAUUCUACCCAACAUUUGACGGAAUCUGCGACAUCUUCAACCAGAUUAUAAACGUGAUGGUCCGUAGUGUUUUCAAUAUUCCACGUGUAGAGACCCAGCUAUUCCAGACAGUGGAGGACCUCGAAACUAAUGCAAUCAGUACAGUGCAUGUUGAAGAGGAGAUUGUGCGAGUCUCAAAACUUCGAAUUAGAAAAGUUGUGGACGCAAAUAGUUUUGGCCCACAGAAAUAUGUAGAGGUAUAUGAACCAUACACAUAUCUACUGAAAAAUGCCACCGACAAAUACUACGAAAAAUUCAUCACCAAAGACAAAUCUCUGAGAGAGUACAUGAAAGAGAUUGAAAAACUGAAAAAAACUGCGGAUGAGAUAGGCUCUCUACCUGUGUAUGUCCCUAUGCACUUAUUCAGGCUCGACUGCCACGGCUUGAACUCUUGGAUGAUUGAAAGAGCUCGUAAGCUUGCUAAUAUAAUGAUCACACACAUCAUCAAUACGAGUCGUAAGUUUAACAGAGGCAUGUGUACACAGUAUGAUAAUAUUGUCAAGAGGUUAACUACCCAGGCUGAAACUACAGAAGAGCUUGUGAAGUUAACCGCGUACACUGACAAUCUCAGAUCUGGAGAACUUCUAGACUUGCGGGAAAAACUGCUGAUAGCUGGAGAGAAUUUAAUGUUUUUGAUGGACUAUGCUUACCUGCCAAAAGAUGACGUACUGCUUAAUGACAAUACAUUUUCUUGGCCUGAUAGGAUCAUACCAAUAAUCAAGAGCACUGAGAGCAAACUUGCUAAGGAGCAUGAUAUUGCUCUGAAUCGACUCAAUGCCUGGCAGAACAAAUUCCAAGUGAAACUUGACCAUAUAGCUGCCCAGAUCAAAUCUUUCUCUACUAAAGAUCGCAUGUCUGAAGCUGAGCAAUAUGUGUUGGACUUAGAAAAUAUUGGAAACAAAUUGGAUGAGUUCAAUAAAGAGAAAAUCCUCAUAAACAAAGAAGAAGCCUUACUUAAUACAGGCAACCAGACCCCAUAUAUGCAAAUACAGGAGAUGUUGAUCAAGAAAGAGCCCUAUGACAAACUAUGGAAGGCAGCUACCAAGUUCCAUCUGUAUUAUGAGAAAUGGAUGAAUGGACCACUGUUGAAUGUCAAUGCAGAAGAAGUAGAGGAAGAGGUGCAAACAUUAUGGAGGACUGCAUACAAGCUCACAAAGAUCUUUGCUCAUCCUGAUGCCAAGGGGCCCAUGAGGGCCUCAACUACCAUCAAAUCUAAACUUGAGAAGUUUAAGAUCAACAUGCCACUCAUCAAUGCAUUGUGUAAUCCUGGAAUCAAGCAGCGCCAUUGGGAUAUGAUGAGUGAACGGGUUGGCUUUAACUUGACUCCUAAGGAAGACACUCCUCUGAUAGAGAUGCUGCAGAUGGGAUUGGAGAAAUACCUAGACUCUCUCACAGACAUCAGCUCACAAGCAAGCAAGGAGUAUGCUCUUGAAAAGGCUUUAGAGAAAAUGCAGAAAGAUUGGGGAGCCAUGCAUUUUACGUUUGUUCCAUAUAAGGAAACAGGAAUCAGCAUUCUGUCGGCAUUUGAUGAUGUUCAAGUGUUGAUGGAUGAUCAUGUUGUCAAGACAACCACAAUGAAAGGCUCACCAUUCAUUGGCCCAUUUGAAAAAGAUGUUACGAUAUGGGAUAAUCAGUUGCACCGUAUGAAAGCUAUCCUUGACUCCUGGCUGAAGGUACAGGCUGCAUGGCUCUAUCUGGAACCCAUCUUUGGCUCAGAAGACAUCAGAAGACAAAUACCAGUGGAGGGGAAAAUGUUUGAAGAAGUAGAUGAACACUGGAAGACAAUAAUGUCCAAAUCUGUAGAAGACACACAGGCUUUGGUUGUUGUCUCUCAGGAUGAGAUGUUAGAGAAACUACAGCAUUCUGAGUCAAUGUUGGAAGACAUCCAAAAAGGACUCAACGAUUACUUGGAGAAAAAACGCUUAUUUUUCCCAAGAUUUUUCUUCUUGUCCAAUGACGAACUCUUGGAGAUACUGUCAGAGACGAAAGAUCCAUUAAGAGUCCAGCCUCAUCUCAAAAAGUGUUUCGAAGGUAUUGCAAAGUUGAACUUUACGGAGGACACUAUAAUAACAGCCAUGGUGUCAGCAGAAAAGGAGGUGGUAGAUUUCCCAGUGAAAAUCGUUCCUGAUGAUGCCCAAGGAUUGGUGGAGAAGUGGCUGCUACAGGUUGAAGAGACUAUGAAGCUAUCACUAAGAGAGGUUACCAAGAAAGCCGUAGAUGCCUAUGUUACGACACCCAGAAAAGAAUGGGUGAUCAGUUGGCCUGGUCAGGUUGUUCUAGCUGCUAGUACCAUACAUUGGACGACUGAUGUGGAAUUGGCUAUCAAGACUCCAGGUGGUCUGAAGAUGUACUUGAGCAAGAGCAGUAAACAGAUAGAUGAGAUAGUAGCCUUGGUUAGGGGAAAGAUCACCAAGAUGGCUAGGAUUACACUUGGUGCUCUCAUUGUCAUUGAUGUGCAUGCUCGUGAUGUCAUACAACAUUUAGCUGACAUUGACAUAAAGUCACACAAUGACUUUAAUUGGGUAAGCCAGCUGCGUUACUACUGGGAAAAGAAUGCCGUCAUGGUGAAAAUGAUCACAACAACAGUACCAUAUGGCUAUGAAUAUCUCGGCAAUUCAGGACGUCUCGUUAUCACUCCUUUAACUGACAGAUGUUAUAGGACACUUAUGGGGGCAUUGUUGCUUAACCUUGGGGGUGCUCCUGAGGGACCUGCGGGAACUGGCAAAACGGAGACAUCGAAAGAUCUUGCCAAGGCUGUAGCUAAACAGUGUGUUGUGUUUAAUUGCUCUGAUGGUCUUGACUACAAAGCUAUGGGCAAAUUCUUCAAAGGCUUGGCACAAGCCGGGGCUUGGGCUUGCUUUGAUGAGUUCAACAGGAUAGAGCUUGAGGUGUUGUCAGUGGUUGCUCAGCAGAUCCAGACAAUACAAAGAGCUGUAGCUGAACAGUUAGAGACAUUUGUGUUUGAGGGGACAACGUUAUCCUUGGACCCCUCUUGUACAAUAUUUAUCACUAUGAACCCCGGCUACGCUGGUCGUGCCGAACUUCCUGACAACUUGAAAGUGUUGUUCCGUACUGUUGCCAUGAUGGUGCCAGACUAUGCUCUGAUUGCAGCUAUAUCUCUCUACUCCAUGGGCUUUGUCAGUGCAAAAGCUCUCUCCAACAAGAUUGUCGCUACCUAUAGACUAUGCUCAGAACUGCUGUCGUCCCAGCACCAUUAUGAUUAUGGU